UGUCGUUCUAGCCAGUGCUGUGCAACCGGUGACCGCGAUUCGCCAGUUUCGGUCGAACACGCGGCGCGAGUGGUCGUGCCGCCCUCUAUCAGCCAUUAAGCUGAAACUCGCCACUUAUUUCCGAUCCAAAUGUGCUUUUGAAUGAGACUGUACCAAAAUUUAUGAGACAAAAUGUGCAACGCGCUGUGUUUCGCCCUUAUCGCGCUUUCUGUCAACCUCGUGAAAUCAUGGGACAUCGCUGUCACAUCUGGAGACCAACUCGAAUUCUAUACAGGCUCAAACAAAACUGGAUCUGAAAGCGGCCGGUUGCGGGACCUCACCGCCCUGGCCUAUGAUGCCGUUCACAACAUGCUGCUCUUCGUCGACAAACAGAACGACAACGCCUCCAUCUUCAGCUACAACCUGGCCACCAAGAAAUACCAGCCCCUCGUUCGAAAGGGGCCGACCGAAAACAUUCAGGGCCUCGCUUUCGAUCCAGUACAGAGCCUCCUUUUCUGGACCGAUUUCCAAAAGAGAAGCAUUUACUGGAUUGACCUGAAACCGGGAUCCAAAAAUAGCGACUAUGGAAACCUCCUAAUCAACUUAGGUGACCAACUCCCAAGGGCUAUAGCAGUAGACAGUUGUAGAGGCUACAUAUACUGGACCAACACUAACGUAGUAUCCGGCGCGUCGAUCGAGCGAGCUCGUUUUGAUGGAUCGGAGAGAAAAACUAUUAUAUCUACAAACAUUCAUUUGCCAACCAGCAUAUUUGUGGACCAACAGACGCAGAAAAUAUACUGGGCUGAUGACAAAGAAGGCAUACACUAUUCGAUCGAGAGCUCCGAUUUGGAUGGGACGCCGGAAAGCAGACGGACUUUACACAGCGGCACGGAACAUCAGCCAAAUGCGUUAACCAUCUCUAAUGACAGUCUGUAUUGGGUAGACUGGGGUUUUAGAAAAGUGUGGAAAUUGCCAAAGAAUGCUCGGCAGAACACGGAACCGCAGGACUUGAUAAAUUUCAAGACCGCUCCUUUUGGAAUUGUUGCUAACUACUUAAUAUCGGAUCAGGCUGCCAGAGUUCCUGAAUGCAGCAAUUUACUUCGUCUGUCGCAGAAUACGUCGGCUAUCGACAACUCGUUUGCCGUGCCGCAGGAUGCGGGAUUAUUUUGCUUGCACGGCCGCAAGAUCGAGGGACAAGACGCGUGUACGUGCUCUCCUGGUUACAUCGGUGAUCGAUGCGAGACCUCCGUUUGUCAGAACUUCUGCCUCCAAGGAGAAUGCACAUUUGACGCUAAUAAUGCGGAACCAACUUGCAGGUGUCAAAAAGGCUUCACAGGAGCGCGGUGCGAGGUAGACAUGUGUGAAGGUUUCUGCUUGAACAACGGCAUCUGUUCCAUGGAGACCAACUCGCCAGUCUGCACGUGCAUCGGAGACCACACUGGCAACCGAUGCGAGAAAACCGUUGAGACCCCACAUGUGGUUACUGUUAAUGAGCCUUGCAAUUGCACCAAAGACAAAACAACAAAGCUGUCCGCAUUGUCAGAAAUAAACGACGAAUUCGUGUCUGUCCCCUGCAACGACGGCUGGGAUUCCGUACGAGACCCCAUCCUCAUGGUGUUGGGGAUCCUAUGCGGGCUCCUGUGCCUGGUCUGCGCCGUGCUGGUUACGAAGAUCCUGCAUUUGAAGAAGCGGCCGAGAAUAAAGAAGCGCAUCAUAGUGAACAAGAACGUGACGCCGCUGACGGCGCGGCCCGACCAGUGCGAGAUCACUAUUGAAAACUGCUGCAACAUGAAUAUUUGCGAAACUCCGUGCUUCGAGCCCAGAAGCACAAUACGGCCAACAUUACUCGAUGCAAAACCCGGCAAAGAAGAGAAGAGGAACCUAAUCGCUAAUAUGGAGCAUCCGGACGACUUCUAAAUUUAAUGUGCUUACCAACACCCUAGGAGGCGUCAGGUUGAACUUUCCACAAAGGUCAUACUCAUACAGAGAACAUGUUUGGUUGGCGAGACCGUCGUCUCGUAUUGUAUACUCAGACACAGUCAGAAAGGAAAAACUUCGCUAGUUCUGCUCUGCUGACCUUCUGUAAGUGGAUUAUAUGUAUAUAUACAAACGGUCUUUCCCUCAGUGUGUCCUAUUUCUGAUAGUAAAGACCAAGGAGUCGAGUUUUGGUUGUGAAUUAUGGCAGCGUAUACCGUUCCUAAUAGAUUGUCCUGUGUUUUUAAAAUCAGGAAGACACAUUUUAGACAUAAGAUAAUAAAUCAGUCCCAUUUGACGCAUGAAAUUUUCGUCAAAAAAAAAGUUCAAUGGUACAGUGGCUGUUUAGAUACUGCUACCCCUGGACUAAUUUUUGUAGCCCUAGCCUCGAGCUACAAAAAUUUGGCUGGUACAGGUACAAUGCCACCUCUUCACAUCGGGGUUCGAUAAACGGAUCGAUUGGCAACUCAUAACCGACCAGUUACCCCGCCAACUAUUUUAGAGGUAUUCUCAUGCCAAUAAUGAGGGUUAAAAUCAAGUGGCGCCUCCUAGGUUUAUCAACUAUAUGGAUUAUGUUUUUGGCGGAGUCCAAAAUAUUGUGAUAAGGGAUGCGCUGUUAGAUUAUGUUAAUCUGUGGCCAUCGCAGGGCUGUGUUUUGUGAGAUGAUUAUAAUCGGAAUGAGUAACAGUUGCACAAGGCCCUAAAAGACAUUGAUAAAGUAAUGUCUAUGUUUAUUUACGAAUCUCUAAUAAUAUCUAGCGAGCGCUUUAAUUGGAGCUAGAAAAUUAUGUCUCACUAUUGCCACCUAGGUCAAAUGAUGAUUUGAGUUUCGAUCAUUUCCAUCUCUGUCGCGCUUAUAUGAUUUAAGUUACAGAAGUGGAGAUACCGAAUCGAAUCGGUUUUUGUGACCAAGGCUAUACACGUGUUGGAGAGACCCCACAAUAGCGUCUCCCGAGGAUCGGCGUCUAGUCAACUCUAUGGCUACUACUCGACGCAGCGUUGGUGCAACUGCGCAGGGACACUAUUUUCCAUAGCGCUGAUUAGAAGCUAACGCUCAAAGGACGCUAAUCUGGUGUCUCUUUAAGCCCAUACUAGUGUCUUUGAGCGUCAGCGCUAUGGAAAAUGGUGUUGCAGCGCAGUUGCGUCAACAUUGCGUCAAGCACCAGCCGUAAAUUUGACUAGACGCCGACGCUCGGAAAACGCUAGUCUAGGAUAGCCCUUAGUGCUGCCAUGUAGUUCAUAAAGUCAUUUUAAAAGAUAUUAUUUUGAAACCAGUGAACCUUUAUCAUACUAUUCAUGAAUUAUUUUUGAGUGUUUCCCUUUUUAUUUGCUGAACCCAGUCUCUUUAGGGUCCUGUGUGCGAACUGUGGGUGGAAAGUAGGUUAGGUCGAUUCGCAGCGUGCGUUCAACUGCAUAUUCAAUAUAUUCAGAUGUUUGGGCGAUGAAAAAAUUCUGAAGUAAAAUGGUUUUUACUCAUUGGAUCUUUUCAAGGCUCAAAUAUAAAGCUAGCAUGUUUAGGCAAAAAUAAUGCUGAGCUAAACCAUAGUGCCUUUUAAAAAAUAAGAAGCAAGAAUGAAUUACGCCUUACUUUAUUAGUAUCUACGGUAAGUUUUUUUACACGUUUUUUUUUAUUCUUGCCAAAACAUGCUUAGCCGUUUCAUGUGCGUGAUUCGUGAACGUUCCAUUUUCUUUGGUGCCAAAUAUCGAGUAACUUUAUUUUCCUAGGUAAUUUGGUUACCACCAACCGAGGGUUAGUAGUACAUAAAUAGAGCAUUUAUAAAUUAAUUGUAUGAUAACGACCACAUACAAAGUAUGUCUAGUUUAAUUUUACGGAAAAAAAAUAUUACUGUGUUCCUUUUCCUUCUCUCUGUGCAACACUGCCGGUGCAUUAUUUGCCUUUUUUCCAGACUUAAAAACUUUUUUUUUUAAAUAAUUAUUCAUAAAAAGAUUAUUCUAAUUUAAUAAAUUAUUAUGCCCAAUCGUUAUUUGUGAGUGUUGCCUAUUGAUUAAUUUUGACAUUUCAUUUCAUUUUGUAAUCUAUUUAUUUUACUAAAAUCUUGAGGGCCAUUAUUUAUAGCUUGUUCUUCAGGUUAUUAUAAAUUGACAUACACAUUUAAAAAAACAUCUUUUAUGUUUGACAAUUAGGUAUCUUUUCGAUUUGACACCAUCCAAUCUGUAAAAAAAAAUGUUUUUUGUUGGCCAUAAACACUUAAAAAUAUCAGUCAGUGAUCAUGAUGUGUAUCUAGUAAGAUUUUUAUAUUAUUGAUAUCGUACAUAACAUACCUAUGAAGGGUUUAGGUGUACUUUAAUUUGUACAUUAUACGUCAUUUGUAACUAUAAACUCAGCCUAAUGUAACACUUGGCCACCACCAAACCGUGUCUAAUUGACAAAUAGAAUGAUUGCAUUGUGAUUAGUCCGAUUUGACAUAGUUCAUGGCAUAGUGUUAUAUCAGGUUGACUGUACUUACGUUGUUGACUAUUUGUAAUGCCGAUGAUUGAGUUUAAAUGUGUAGCAAAAAAUAUUAUUCUAUUAAGAUCAUUAGUUCGUAGGAAAUGUCGCAAGCAUGGCUCAUACUGUCCCAUUUUCUAGAAAAUCACAGAAAAGAGCAUAACUCUUUUAUGGACUACUGAGCCUUCGGAAAGUUAUCAAAAUUAAUAAAAAUAGUAAAAUUACCACAUAGAUAAAUUUCGUAACUUCACACAUAGAGGGUAUAUUAAAUUUCCCAUUUCAAAAAUGAAACUUAUUAGGUACUUAAUGUUACUAAAGUAGAAAUUUAUUAUUGAAAACUUUCCGGAACUUGCCCGUAUGUAUAGUCAGCGUCAAAUUCUUUGUAGCAACCAAAGUAGCCUUAUAGUUCGGUACACCAUAUAUUUAGUAUGGUGUACCGAACUAUUUGGCCACUUUGACUGCUACAGAGUAUUUGACGCUGACUGUACUAUGGACCAUUGAAUUAUUAUUACUAUGUAUAGAACCGGCACAGAUAAUCAGUAUUUUGCGCCAUGAGUUGUUGUUUUGACAACAAAAAUAGAAGCGAAGCGUGAAUCUCGCGACCUAAACGCGUAAGCGCCAUACAUUUUACGGCGCUUACGAUGUUUUGGUCGCGUGGCACAGGUGCGAUUACGACAAUUUCAUUGUUUGGUAUGGCUUCUCUAAAGUGAUAAUAACUCAAUGCUACGGACUAAUGAUAUUUAGUGUAGUUUUCUUCAGAACAUGCCUCUCGUAUAGAAAAUGUUUCAUUUACCGAUACUUAGUCAUAACUUGGCUUGAGAAUACCAACUUUUUGGUAUUUGAUUUGCAGUUUUUUGUAAGUACUUAAACGAACAAAACCCAUGUUGAUAAAAUAAAAUAGAGAAUAUCAUUCAUUCUAUCUUAGGUGCUUAGAUCAACUUUUAGAACACAUAUCUAUUUCCGAAUUUAUGUUAAAUGUAAAUCUCUUUUGAAAGACCUAUUAAAUACUAAUGUUCCGAUCAUGCCUAUUGCGACAUUUGCAACGCACGUAAUAGUUUGUUGACUAUAAAACGCAUUGUCUUAAUAGUCAUUAGAGUUGUCACUUACCUAUUUAGACUAUAGUAUAUUUUCAAAGAUAUGCCUUGUAUGAAAACUACAAAAUAUCAGGAUAUGUUAACUAUUCUGUAUAAAAUGAUACACCAACAUAUUUACCUAACAUUUCUCUUAUAAAAUUGUAUCCUUCUCGAGUUAAUUUUAACUUAUAUAAACCAAAGCCUAAACAGAAAGAGACUCAAAUUUGAUACGUUUGGUGAAAAUAAUAAAAAGUUUGAGACCUACAUUACAAGAGAGUAUACAUUUCUACGAAGUGCCUAAGAUAUACUAAGAUGUCUGAUUUGAAGCUAUUCAUUCUAACUUACAUUUUAUUUCUAUGGGCCAUGAAACUUACCUAAUUAUUACCUGUCUCCUUUUGGAUUUAUAAUUUAAGAAAUCAUGUUCCUAUAACUUAAAUUUAUUUAUCAAGUUACCUCAGUAUAUUUAUUGAAACAAAGAAUUCUAAAACAGAAUUUAAAUUUAUUUUAGAAUCUCAGUUGCUGCUACUUAUAAAAUGUACUUAUAUUUUGUUUUCAUUUUCGAAGAGGCACUUGAGAUGCAGUGAUUAGGGUAGUGAUGCUACACAGCCUAAAACUUACAGGCGCUUAGCACACUGGAUACGAUUCUCACGAAGCUCCGAUGUUCGAGCGAGACAACGCUAUGCACGUAUUAUAGCGACAUCCCGCUCGCACAUCGGAACAACGUGUGAAUCUUAUCCAGUGUGCUAAACGCCAUAGUUGGUACUUAGUGGAAAAUAAUAGGGUAGUUUUAGUAUUAGUUUAGUUCGUGGAUUGAUAAUAUCCACAUCAGAAAUGUGAUAUUAUUGAGUCUUUGUAUAAGCCUCCAUUAGAGUAAUGUUUUAUUAUAAAGAAAUAAAAAUGCUUUUAAAUA